ACAGAUUUGACAGCUUUGGCUUAAUCUCUUGGCUGAUUAUAUACCACUCAUUCGGCCUUUUUUUUUCGGUCAUAUCUGCGAGGAAGACUCACCAACUAGGAUUUACGAUGUCUAUCUUUAGUUUUAUCUAUUUUUUUCCCCGCUAUUCCUUGGAAUGAUGAUUAUUUGUUAAUUGACGAACAUUUGUCACGUUUGACUAGAAAAUAUAAAGGUAGAUGCUCAAUAUGAACUAAAAGGAAUCUACGUGCAUCACAUUGUCCUAUCUUCCGAUUGGAACUAGGGAAUGACAGAUGCGAUUGUCAACUUUUGCUUCUCAUGCGUUCUUUUCCUCUCCUUGCCGCAAACCAUAAGUCAAACGUCAAACUAGGAAUGUCUGACGCUUCCGCGGUUGCGUGUCCAAAUACUUUGCAUGUGCCAGUUCAUGGGGAUAUCUUCAUCCUUCAGUGAGUUUAUACUAUAAAAAGAGGAAGAAAAGCAGCUUGAGUUUGAGUUUGAGCUUGAUCAAAGCUGUCAGAGGGCGUGUUUACUUCCUAUAACAGAAUCUGUUUUGCUGCUAGAAGUAUUGAGACUCCCUGUCAAGUUUCACAGCAAAGUUUGGCAAUGGGAUUUCUGGAUUUGUUUGUUGUGGCAGUGAUGCCAGUUCUGAAAGUAUUAUUGGUAACUGGUGUUGGCUUGUUUCUUGCUACGGAUCGCAUAAAUCUCUUGGGCCCAGAGGCAAGGAACUACUUGAACAAAAUUGUAUUCUAUCUGUUUGGUCCUUCACUUGUGGUCAGCAACUUGGCAGAGACUGUCACUUUGGACAGUUUGGUUACCAUGUGGUUCAUGCCAGUGAAUAUUUUUCUAACAUUCAUUAUUGGCUCAGCACUUGGUUGGAUUCUCAUAAAAAUCACUAAAACUCCUGAACACCUUCGAGGAAUGGUCAUUGGUUGUUGUUCUGCAGGAAACUUGGGAAACUUGCUUCUCAUCAUUGUUCCGGCUGUAUGCACAGAGUCAAAUACUCCAUUUGGAGAUUCUUGCUCUACAUAUGCAGAGGCUUAUGCUUCACUAUCCAUGGCGGUAGGAGCCAUUUUUAUAUGGUCAUAUGCAUAUCCUUUUGUGUAUGCUUAUGCUAGUAAGAGCAUGGAACAAAACUCUUCUGAAGAGGCCCCUCAACUAUUUCCAGACAGUUGCACGGAAGCAUUAUUACCAUCAAGUGAUUGCAGUAAUUCUGAAGACUACUCAGGGCAAGGUGUACUGCCUCUAACCAACUCUGAUGGAAGAAUAAAGAUACCGGUUGUGAAGAAUACCGUUGAGCGCAUCAAGAUUAUUAUGGGGAAGAUCGACCUGAAGAGGGUGUUUGCACCAUCAGCGAUUGCAGCGGUUGUCGGGUUUAUCAUUGGGACAAUCUCUCCAAUCCGAAAAGUACUAAUUGGUGAUAAUGCUCCUCUUCAUGUAGUUGAUACUUCUGUAUCUUUGAUAGGGGAGGCAGCCAUUCCAUGUAUGACCUUGAUAAUGGGGGCAAACCUUCUUAAAGGUCUAAAAGGAUCAGAGGUGAGCAUGUUGGUGAUUAUAGGGAUUGUAGCAGUGAGAAACAUAUUCUUGCCUCUCUUGGGGAUCGGCGUUGUUAGAGCUGCACGCCAUUUUGGCAUGGUUGGAUCAGAUUCCUUAUAUCAGUUUGUCCUUAUGCUUCAGUAUGCUCUUCCACCUGCAAUGAGUGUAGGUACAAUGACUCAAUUAUUUCAGAGUGGUCAGGGUGAAAGCUCUAUGAUUAUGCUAUGGACUUACGCUGUGGCUUCCAUCUCCCUCACGCUUUGGUCAACGUUAUUUAUGUGGCUUCUGUCUUGAUUUGUUGCUCAAGUUUAUUUCUUUUGUCUCCAGCUUAUGCCAACACAAAGCAUCUGCAGCGAGGUUAUCCAUGAGACAUAUUUUACACCACCUGGCUUUUCUGCCUUCCACAUAGGGCAUCUUUUACUAAAUUUUGGUAGUGUAAACAAUUUUUUGACAAGCUCUAAUUAAAAUUUCACUAAAUAUUAAGACUUUUGUAGCAAAUUAUAUAAAG